AUGCUCGUCACUCAACGUCCACCACUAUCUCAUUCUCAUUCCCACUCCCCACUAUCACUCCCACGUCCUACCCCUCCUUAUUCCCAUCACAGGACAUCAAGUCUAAGAGAUCCUUUACCUGGCGCAACGCCACCUAUUUCGGAAGAUGAAGAAUAUAUGAGAUCUGGAGGUAGAGGGGAUGUUAGUAAAUCAGGAUUCAACUCUGAUAGUCGUGGUGAUCAUUCGACGAAUGGAUCGGGGAAAGAUGGUCGGGGUGAUAUGUCUUCUGACGUUGGGAAAAUCAAAUUGGAAUAUGUGGAUGGUGAGAAAGGUGAAGCUAUUUCCGAGGGAAGAAAACGAGGACAAGAUGAUGAAGAGGAUUAUGAAGAUGAAGAAGAUGAUGGAGAAGGAGAAGGGGAUUCUUCAGUAAGGUCGAGAAGAAAAAGGACUACAGACUUGAGAGACGAUAACGACGGGUGA